AUGUCGGCCCUCACGUGUAGCGGACUCGCAAAGCCCAACGUACUGCUUGCGAGCCAGUCGCUUGCACAGGUCGACGUUGGAGCUACGGUCAGCGUUGCGGAUGUCGCUGUGGGUGCGAGUGUGAAGGCCGCGCCCUCGGAUGUGGCAGUGGGAGUGGAUGCUGGGAAGGGGAAGGGGAAGGACACGACGACGCCAGUUGCGGAGACCACACCAGUAGCAUCCACACCUGCUGCAGUCACUACACCGGCGGAAGAGGAAGCGAAGCCAUCAAAGUCGAAGCCUGCGGAGGAAGCAGCGCCUUCGGCUCCUGCCGAAGAGUCCAAGCCGGCCGAAGAACCAGUCUCGACCCCCGAAGCGACCUCAGAAUCAACACCAAAGGAGCCGGCAGCUACGCCCAAGCCGACCCCUGUUGAGGUCAAGCCAUCAUCGAAGAAACCUGUCGAGACCGUGGUGCCGGAGGUGACGUCGGAGGUCGGAGGAGGCAAACCAGAACCCUCCGAACCGGCGGCCAGCCCUGCGACGACGGCGACGCCACAGCCAGAAUCAAGUCCUGAGCCUGAGCCUUCACCAGAGCCUGAGCAAUCUCAAAACCCUGAGCAAUCUCCCAAGCCCACGCCAUCUCCCGAGACCACGCCAUCUCCUGAGGCCACACCAACAACUACGGAAAAUCCUGAGGGUUUCAUUGGUGCCGAGCCUACAACAAAGACAUCGAACCCAGUAGAGGAGUCUCCCGCACCUAGCGAGCCUGCGGCCAGCCCGCCCGUUCAAAGCACACCCGCAGAACAACCUUCGAUUCCUGCGCCAGUGCCCAAGCCACCGAAGAGCACGCCUGCUGAGGCCUCUCCAGUUCCGAGCCAACCCGCAGGACAACCGACGCCAAGCGAACCUGCUGCUAGUCCACCACCGAAGAGCACCCCUGCUGAGGCCUCUCCACUGUCCAGCCAGCCAGAAGGGCAGCCGACGCCGAGCGAGCCUGUUGCCAUCCCGCCGCCGAAGAGCACGCCAGCUGAGGUUUCUCCUGCGCCCAGCCAACCCACGGGGCAUUCCACGCAGAGUAAACCUGCUGCUAGUCUACCGACGAGCACGCCAGCUCAGGCCUCUCCAGUUCCCAGCCAACCCGCAGGACAGCCCACGCAGAGCGAGCCUGCUCAUUCACCUCCACCAGCAAGCGGGACUGGAAACUCGCCUCCUGCGGCUAGCGAACUAGCUCCUACUCCUUCUAAGCCAAGUGAGCCCGGUCAAUCAUCGCCCGCACUCAGCGGAACUGGUCACCAAUCACCACCAACGCAGUCGCCUCCAGCAUCUGCUCCAGACAGCUCGCUACCAAAAUUGCACACUGGCUACACGACACCUGCUUCGCACCCCGCUGGCACACCUUCGAAGUCCCCUCACUCACUAGCAAGUACACCAGCCGAUUCGGCCUCCUCACCAGUCGAAACAACACCCACAGCACACAAACCCCUCUCCGAGCCAGGCAAAACCCACAGCAAACCCGCCGCACCAACCGUGAACUUCUCCUUCGAGCCCGGUGCAAGCGGCAGCGAGUCCAACGCCCCACCACCGCACACUUUCCACCCCAGCGCCUACCCAAGCGCCAGCAGUCCACCAGAAUACCAGCCCUCAGCUUUCCCAUCACACACCACGCUAUCCCUGCACUUCCAGCCGCAGUCCGGUGAAUGGAACAGCGCGAGCGCCAGUGGAGAGGCAACCCGCUCGUACGUGCCGUACAUUACGCACAAGACGGUCGAGGUCACGUCGACGACGUACAAAGCGACGCAGUCUGUGUUCACGUUGCACGGUCAUACGUACAAGAUCCAGGCGACGACUCUGAAUGCUGGUGGUGCUUCUGGGAAUGCUGCGCCUUCUGAGACCGACUUGCCUCCGAGCCUUCAGACGGGCGGUGUUGCGGGUGCGAAGGCUGGGUUGGCGCAGGGUGUGGUGGCCGUUAUAGGUGUGGUUGUUGGUGGAGCGAUGCUGUUGUGA